AUGACCAAACUAUCUUCGAAAAAAGUAUGGAAAGCUGUUAAGAAGCAGUUCCCCUUGAGUAGGGUCCUUGCUCAAAGAAUCCUUAAGUCUACCAUUCAUGCGACGGUCGCGCUCAUUUUCUGCCUCAUACCAAAAAUUCGCGACCGCCUAGGAAACCAACCAGCAAUGCUGCCAUUGAUAGCUGUAAUUGUUCAUCCCGGCCGCAGAGUCAGUGCCACUAUUCAGGGAGCAAUCUAUUGUACUUCAGGACUAUUGGUCGGACUGGCUUAUGCUCUAUUUGGUCGAGUUCUUGCGCAAAAAUGCCUGGGCUCGACUUGGCACUCUGUGAGUGAGUCUGAGCACUAUAUCCAUAAUUAUAUGCGCUAUGAAUCAGCAUUGGCGCUUCUGGCUGUAUUCGAAGUUAUUAUGCUUUUUUUUCACGGUUGGAUGAGGUCCGUGUCGCAUCAUUACUUCGGUAUUGUGUUCCCUCUGUUUCUGGUAGUUCAUUUCGCCUUCAUGGCCUCGCUUGAUCAAACUGCUGGAACGAUAGCAAAGGCCUUCAGUGUACCCUUCUAUUUGGGAAUAGCAAUGGCUAUUUUCUGGAACCUGGUGCUUUUUCCCGAAUUUGGAAGCACGUAUCUCGGUAAUAGUACCGUAGACGCAUUGAAUGAAAUCCACAAAUCGAUUGAUUCAGCCUUGAAUUUCUUUAUCUCCAUCGACGUUCGGGACCCAAGCACAUCGCUCUAUGCAGAGCAACCGAUAUCACUCGCCAAACUCCUGAAUAUGAAAAAAUCUAUCGACGCUAAAGUUUCCAGUUGCAAUUUAGUUUUACAAGAGUGCAUUUAUGAGGUCUCUUACUCUUACGUUUCGCCUUCGGACUUGAAAUCGGUCAUACACUCUUUUUCAAACCUUUCAAAAUAUAUCAACGCCCUCAUUAACGCAUGCCAGCUGGAGUUCCUAUUGGUGGGUCGCAACGCCAACCAAGAUGUGGAGCCGAUGGACUUAAAACUGGACAGGGAAAUCCAAUAUGCAGAUGCUAAGAAGCUCUUCAAAGUUUUGAAUCGAAUGAAAGAACCCAUCUUCGGCCUACAUGAAACGUUAAGUCAGUCUUUGUUUAUGAUCAAAGCGAUGCUAGCAUAUUCUUAUGAUGUCAAGCUGGACAAAGUUCAAGGACCCACAGUUUUUGCUCAGCCCACCGAAAGUUCUGUUUUGAGUCAAGACUAUUUAAAGCAGCUUGAUUUCAGUGCCAUAACACAAAACCUAGUCGAUGCGCUAAUCGAUUUUGACCUACAGGCCCGUGAAGAACUCAUCCAUUUAGAUGAGAGCCUUUUACAGCCUAAUGAUGAGAUGUUUCUGUUCUCUUCUUUUCUCCUCAAUUUCAAGGAAACCACACAUUCGGUUACCACUAUGAUGAGGGAAGCUCAUGGCAUAUAUCAACGAAGGAAGUCGCAAGAGGCAAAAGGUGCUUUGAGGGGUAAAACCUUAUGGGUAAACUUUCUGAGCAAUUACAAGACUUUCAAGACAUGGAUCACUGGCGCGACUAGCGGUAACGUCACUGAGUCACAAAGUUUAACCGGUGGAGCUAUUGUUGAUAAUUAUCGUCCACCUGCUGACAUGGGCAUCAAGCGACCCGUGGGGGAGGAACAGGCUCUUCUAUCUCAAAGAAAAACUGACAUUGUAGACUUUGCAAAGAAGGAGGCACUGCUGCCCACCACCAAUAAAGACCAAAGCGCAUCUGAGAGAUUAUCGGAUCACAAUAUGCACGUUGGUAGCUCAAAGCCUGUGGUUGUGAGACCGGUUUUUACCGCAAUAUUGAUUUUCUGCCACGAAUUUUACUCCAAGUAUCAAGAUCAUUUUAGAUUUGGGCUUCAAGUCACUAUUGCACUGAUGCUUACGUCUUUUCCAAUGUUUAUUCCGAAAACCAGGGAUUGGUACGAUAACAUGCACGGAACGUGGUUUGGUUUCGUAGCGAUUUUGGCAAUGGAGCCGUCAGUGGGCGGCACCUUUUGGGUUUUUUUCCUUAGGGGCGUGGGAGUGAUCCUGGGUGCAGUUUGGGCUUAUGUUUCCUAUCUAGCGGGCUGCAAUCAGACCAAUCCAUAUCUUGAAGUGGUUAUAACAAUUUUUGGAGCUGUCCCUGGCUUCUACUUCUUUUUAGGAACUCCCUACGUCAAAGCCGCCAUCAUUCAAAUCAUCAGCAUAUACGUGGUAAUGCUAGCGGCAAUUAUUCCUUCGGCUAACCAGGGCUCAAUUCUAUCUAAUUUUGCCAAGAGGUGCUUAGCGGUGGGUUACGGUGGUGGUAUAGCUGUUUUUGUACAGGUUACAAUGUUUCCUGUGACUGCUAGAGAGCAGCUGAAUGGUGAGGUAUCUUUUGUUGCAGGCUGUAUAUCCGAAAUGCAACUUCUCCUAGCGGCCGGUCUUGAAGGUGAGUCGCUGACUUCAGCUUUGUCAGAAGAAAGAUACCAGCGACUGGCAAGACUCUCAGAUAGUGCCAAAUCAGCUCUUUCUAGGGCCACUUCGUAUAACGGUUUAACACGGCAAGAACCUAUGCUUAGAGGUGAGUACAUUGAAAUUGAGAAAGUCUUUACUCAAAUGAUAUACAUCGAGAGGCAGAUCAUUGAUCGUAUGGAUAACAUUGUUCUGUUAAGGAAACAAUACGGCAGCGCCGUUGUUGAUGAACUAAACAGUAUGGUAUAUCCGUACCGGAGGCAAUAUGUGGCCUCUAUAACAUGUUCGAUGAGGGCUGUCCAAGAAGCUGUGCGCAACAAGACGCCUUUACCUCAGUUUUUGCCAAGCGCAAGAAUCGCUCACAGGCGACUAGUCAACAAAGUGCAAAGCACGUUGAAAGUUAGGUAUUCAUCUCAAAUGAGUAGCUUGAUACCUAAAGCCAUGAUGGAUCCUUACAUGACCAGUCAAAAUUAUUCUGAAAGUGAAGAAGAGCUAUCAGUCAAAGUGCCCCCCAAAAGACGAAUGUCAUUACCGCCACACGAAUAUAUCAUGAAAGAAAAAUUUCUGAGCUGGAAUGCUACGAGCGCAGCUUCUGAAGAGGUGAUCGAAUACCUUGAAGAACUUGUGGAACUUACCAAGAUAGUCGUUGGCGUGAACGAGUUCAAGUAUGGGUUUCUUUCUAGGCCGCUGUAUGCGGAUUGGGCCGCUGAAGCAGCUGUAAACUUCAAUGAAUUCAUUGGGCAAUCUAAAAUUACUGAAAAGAAGAAUAAAUCACCAGCAUUACAAGUUGACCAUGCUGCAGAUAACCAUUCCGAGACCUCAGUGGCUUCCGAUGAUGACCUCGAACGGGCCGCAGAUUUUGCGGAACAUCAACCGAUAGCUGUGGAUGCAAAGUCUAGCAGCUCGAGCGGUGAGCCUGGUCAGGUUGACUUAGCCAGUAUUGCGUCACACAAGAGCGAAGUACCAUCUUUGCCAUCAAGAUUCCGUAAAAGAUACUUUUCCAUUGCAUCUAAAGGUGACACGAGUUCCAGCUUUCAUUUGUUAUCAAAAAGCAGAAGCCUGGGCGGAGGCGAAAUGGCCAAAUAUGCCGUAUUCGAUUCUGAUUCUGACGAAGAGUUGCCUUUGGCGCUGAAAAAAAUGAUUUUGAACAAAAGUUAA